CUGAGGUGGCAGGCUCUGGGCUGGUCCUGACGGGCUGGCUGGCUGCUGGGCUCCGGGCGGAUGUCUGUGUGCGUCAGACGACGGUGGGGGAGAACUACCAUCAACACGCAGCGUCUCCGAAGGAAAACACGCAGAGGAGACGCGGAGCGCUAAAAGAGAAAAACAACCGGGCUAACGUUGGCAUCUGGAAAAGCACCGAGAAGGGAGACGAUCCUCCCACAUCCAGCCCCACACCCUGUCGCCAACCCGUCCCGUCUUUUUCCUCUCGACCACUUCGUGCCAUCCCUCUGGUCCGACCACCCCAUAGGAAACCCCCCAUUAGACCAGCGUUGCCAUUAAGCGAUGCGCUUUGAAUCUGGGAAGAAAUCCUCUCUGCGCUUUUUGAUGCAUAGCACAACCAGUGCUCUUCAUUUCCAGGCUAUGGAUUCGGGUGUUUACACUUUUCUGAUGGGUUUCCAGCUGUAAUAUAACAUGCAAAACAUCACCCUGUCAUUCCAUAGAUUGGCUGGAAUUUAAACAACCGGCUGUCACACACGCCGGGGUGAGUUCUUAUGUGAUUUUUUUCCCCUCAAGCUUGAAAACAACUCCGACAAUGGUCUUAGUACAGACCGCCUCAUUAACACUUAGUAAUAAUCUCUAAAGACCUGUCAGCUGAAUAUUUCGAUCCCACCGAAAAAAAAGCGGCAGAACUGACGAGGAGUUUGAUCGUGUAAGGACUUCGGGAAGUUCUUGCUCCGGAGGAAAGGCGUGGAUUGGACCGGAGACAUCUCGGCCAUAUCCACGGCAUUUUUGCUGUAAAGUUGAGAGGUCAGCGGGUUGCAGCCAUGCUGUCGCUGGACGAGCCCCUGGACCUGAAACUACCUCGGAGGGCAAACGGGAAGGACAGGGGAACCUGCUCUCCUCUUCUCUCACCGCUGCAUCCCAAGCGGGUUCGCCAGCUGCAUAUGACGGAUGAUGGGACAGCAAUUAUAGAGCCCGCUUCACCUGCAUCUCCACACUCAGGUGUGCAGGUGGUCCCUUACGACCGGACUGACACCCCAACACCUCCUGCAGUGGACCUGAGCAUGUCUCCCUCCUCCCGACACACCCCCAGCUCUCCAGAAAUGAGCAACGGCAGUUACGUUCCCUCAGGCAAUUCUCACAUCUCGCAGGCGUUUCAGUUCUUUGUGCCAAUUGGUCCUGGAGCAGGACUUCACCUGCCAUCCUCUAUGUUCAUUGGCCAAACGAGUGACAAGCGGGCUUCUCCUGACCUUUCAGCGGAUGAACAACUUGCAUGUCACUGGAAAAAGUGCCACCUGCUCUUUGACUCUCUACAAGAUCUUGUGGACCAUGUCAACGACUUCCAUGUGAAACCUGAGAAGGAUUCUGGGUACUGCUGCCACUGGGAGGGCUGUGCUCGAAAAGGAAGAGGGUUUAAUGCCAGGUACAAAAUGCUCAUUCACAUACGCACUCACACCAAUGAGAAACCACACCGCUGUCCCACCUGCAACAAGAGCUUCUCACGCCUAGAGAACCUCAAGAUACACAACCGCUCGCAUACAGGUGAAAAGCCCUACAUUUGUCCUUACGAGGGUUGCAACAAGCGCUACUCCAACUCCAGUGACCGCUUCAAGCAUACGCGCACACAUUACGUAGACAAGCCCUACUACUGUAAGAUGGUAGGCUGCUUGAAGCGCUACACAGAUCCCAGCUCGCUGCGGAAGCACAUCAAAGCGCACGGCCACUUUGUGGCUCAGGAGCAGGGCCCCCCAAGCGGGGUAGGCUCUCUGCUGAAAGGAAGCCAGAGCGGAGGACCUUCUGGCGUUGGCAGUAAGGAUUCAGAAUUGCCCUAUGUCAGCGGAGCUCACAUCAUCAUCCCCGGAGCAGCUGCCGCUCUGCUGGGAGGCCACACCUUGCAGGGCGUAGGCGGUACUCUUCCCUUGUCCCCUCUUAGCCCAAGGCCCCUGGACCUCACCACACUGGGGAGCCCCAAUUCGUCUCCAGCCAGCCUAGGAGGCACAUCCAUCUUGUCCUUUAACGGCUCCCCUCUGGGCCUGGCUAAGGCCCCUUUACUUUCCUCUGCCUUCCCUUCCUCGGCCCUUGGCAUGCCAAUGGUUCCAGUGCUGGGCCCCACUUCAGAGCGUCGGCCCCACAGUCACCAGGCAAAGAGAGGCAGAGGAGAUGAAGCAGAGGAUGAGAUGGCUGGGAGGGUCCUAAACCUCUCCACAGGUGGGUCUCAUGAUCCCCUAUCGUGGGUGGUCAUUCCCCCAGGCGCUGUGGUGCUCAAACCAGCUGUGGUUAACUGAUACAAACACACACACACACACACACACAAUCUCACACACACACGCCCUCUAUCUCACACACACAUUCCAAAAGAGCUCAGGGGGUUGAUGCCAUAGCAAGGAUGUGGGAUGUCAAAGGUGACAUGGAUUGGCUUGAACAAUCAAUUCCAGGCAAUGCAUUAAAAGGUAGGAGUUUGGAAAAAGACACACAUCACCUCACACAAUUUAAGAAUACAACGCAAGCCUCUUGUAUUGUUGAAGAACUAAACUUGAGGCCCAAGAUCUGUGUUCAGGAAUAUGUACAGUCCUGGAUUUGUAUCCCAAAGCCUUAAAACAAGGCUCCUCUUUGCUUUCUUAUUUUAUACUUUACUCAUUCUGGCUGGUUCUGUGGAAAAGGACCGUAAACGUGACAGUCUUAGUGCUCUGUGUUUUAAAAAAAUGUCCUUCUUCAUCAUUGAGUAUUUAUAUGACUGUACUUUGACAGAGUGCCUCCAGCUUAGUGCUGAGGUACGGUGCCUCGCAAAAAUAUUCACACCCUUUGAGGUUGUACACAUUUUGCAACAAUACAACUACUCCCAGGCAUUAAGCAGUUCAGGUUUACAUAAAAGUAACCGUGUUGCAAAUGAAAAACUAAAGGUGUGAUGUAUUUCUAUUCAGCCCCGUUUACUUUGAUUUUCCAGUGCAACCAAGUACAGCAGCAUAAACACAGCUGUUCUGUGGAGGCCUUUUAGGUCUGUUGGAGAACAUCAGUAGAGUUUUACAAAGACCAACUAGCACAAGACAGAUAUAAGAUGACUUGAGAAAGUUAUAGUGGUUUCUUUCCAGGAGGACAACAACCCUAAACAGCAAAAUCUAAACCAUUCUCGCGUUAGAAUGGUCCAGUCAAAGUGUAAUGACACUUGGAAACCGGUGACAAGACCUAAAAACGUAUGUUCACGGUAGAUACAAUGUAUUACUAUGCAAUAAAUUGUGUUGGUUUGCAUGAAAAAAAAAUUUAGAAUAGUUUUGUUGUUUGAAAAGACAAAAUGUUAGGAAGCUUAAGGGGUUUGAAUGCAUUUUGCAAGGCACUGCACACCACAAAGGAAGCACUCACACACACACACACGCAUGUAAUAGAAAGAUGUUUCAAAUGUUGUGAACAUUUAAAACAUCUUCCAACAUAAAUUUGACAAACUUGCCGAACCAAAGCAAGUGAACUUAUUACGUCUUAUACUUCAUUUAAACAGAGCGCUUAACAGUCUCAACUUAUAGUAUUGAAACCUCAGAACUGCUGCUAAAUGUUUCUGCUCCUCCUGCUUCAUAAACUGGGCGAGAGCACUUUUGACAAUCCGUCCCCGGUCUUGUGGAGGGUGAUGAACACGGACAAGACCGGGGGCCGAACGAACAGACAAACGGUGUUUAGCCACCUUGCAAUGACCAACCAUUACUUCCUCUCUUUUUUUCCACAAGUGAAACUUAAGGCACUGGUGUGUCUGACUCCCCCUACUGGCGGGACGUGUCGCAACCUCCCGACUCACAAAAACCAGCACUGUUCAGCUCCUGGAUUGUCCAGCUGCUUUACAGUAAUUCAAUCAACGGGACCUGGUUGUGUAUAAAAGGCCCUCAGUGGUGAUAAACACUGCAGCCUUGUAUUCUUUAAGCUAAAAUGACCCCAAACCAGCUGUGAAAAACAGGUGGUGGGCCUAUCUACAUGAGAUUCGACCCCAAUAAGCUUCAGCUGUGAAAAAACCAACAAAAAAAAAAACAAAAAACAAAGAGGGAAUGUUCACGUUGUUCCACAGCGGGAGAUGGGAUACACUCAGUGCUGCCUACAGCUGGACUGACUAGGACGCCACACUAUCCCUAACUGCCUCAUUUCAGUCUGUCCGAAGGGGAAAACAACAUGUAAAAAAAACUUCUGGGAAACACUUCAUGGUUCGAUUAAGCAGUAAACAUGCACUUACUAAAAACGACAUGUUUUCUAAAAUGUUAUAUUUAAAGAAAAUAGCUCUUAUUUCAGUCCCCUUGCAAAAUCCUGCUUUUUGUUGGGCGUUUCGUCAGACUUGUGUUGCUCAUGCAGCUAUAGUGUUGAAAGAGGAUGGAGCAGGAGAGGAUCCUUAAAACUAAACAGACUGACAUCUCUCCUCGCUCUUCGUCACUCCUCUGUCUCUUUUGUCUAUGUUUGAUGACGUUGGCUGUUUUUGAGUGUAAUUUUUCAUUUUCAAAACUUAGGAGCAAAAGUUUUCAAUUUGAGAGCAAGACAUUUUAUGCCAUUUGCUCCCCUGCAUAACUCUGCUCUCACAAAAAAAAACAACUUGUUUGCUUAAUAAAUACCCUACUCUUGCAUCAACUCUAAUUUUUGCAAUCAGAUUUGAUGCCUCUCGCACAAAUAUCUUACGCUCUAUUUACACCUAAGGGUCAGUGAUGUCAAAGUCUCACCUGUGAUUCUGUUGGCUGUAACUGCUAUCAACACUUUGUUCCAAGAGAAAGCAAAGAAAAUCUAAAACGUUUUUAAAGCAUGGUGUGUAGGAUUCAAACAGGAGCAGAAGAUAGUUGUGCAAAAGGGAGUAAGCAGAUUGUGCAGAACCUCUUUUGCAGCAGAACAUAUUUGGAACCAGAUAUGAUUAUUUUCAAGCGUGGGAGCAGAGUUUCAAAUCAGGGCAACACAUUAUCCGAAAUCAAGAAAUUCUCCUCUUAAAUUGAAAAUAGCAUGCUCAUAUUUCUUUUGGCAGAAAAAUCCCCUUAUAACUGUUUCAUUUACCUGUUUCUGUUUUAUAUUUUUGCCAUUACUAUGAUUUUUUUUAUUUUUGCAGAUGUCCAGACGAGACAUUUUCUUUGUGAUGUUGAAGUUGCCUCUUGUGUUCUACAUGGCUGCUCUGCAAUCAGUUUUCUGCUGCCGGGGGUGAGUUUGUGAAGGGGUUGAAGUUGGGGGAAAAUUUUUGGAUGGCUUUCCAGAGCUGCAGUUUCCAACCCGAGGCUCACACUUCACACGGAUGGUUAGAUCGAUCAGAAACUUCAAAAAGUUUACCUAAAUUUUAAACUUGUGGAGAGUCAACUUUUUUGACUGAUUGGCAGCUUGAGAGGAAAGAGAAAGGGUUAUUAGGAUGAGAGAAUGGACAGGGGAGCUAUUAGGGUGGAGGCUGCGUGCCAGCAGAGGAAAAAGAAAAAAAAAAAA